GUGCGGUGAAGUGACGCGAUAAGGCGGUGACGCGAUGACGCAUCGUUAAGAACUACCGGAAAUAGACGAUCAGCGGAAGAUGGAUAUGCGGCCCAUUUUUGGCGGAUAUCCCUUCCAAGGUCAAGGUCGCGUGAAUCAAUUGGGCGGCGUCUUCAUCAACGGGCGACCACUUCCAAACCACAUCCGCUUGAAGAUAGUUGAAAUGGCCGCAGCCGGGAUACGACCCUGCGUCAUAUCUCGUCAACUGAGGGUAUCUCACGGAUGCGUGUCGAAAAUCCUGAAUCGCUACCAGGAGACUGGUAGCAUCAGGCCAGGCGUUAUCGGUGGCUCCAAACCGCGAGUGGCCACUGCUGAAAUCGAGGAUAGGAUCGAGCAGAUGAGGAAGGAGAAUCCCGGAAUUUUCUCUUGGGAGAUAAGGGAGAGACUGAUUGAAGGAGUGUCAGAUCCGCCAAGUGUCUCCUCGAUAAGUAGAUUACUGCGGGGCGGGGGAAGCGGGGGGAGUUGCGGGGACAGCCGGGAACGUCGAGAGGAUCCGGACUCCAAAAAGGAUUACACUAUCAACGGCAUACUUGGCGGUAAGUGGACAAAGAGAUUCGUUAGCGAUGUAUACAAGAAGAACUGGAUCAUUAUUUUUGUGGAUGAAACGCUCAGUUUACUAAAUCCAGCUUACGUAGGCCACGAUAUGAGUCUUGCCGUAUGA